AUGCAAACCCGAUCAUCAACCAAAGCAAGUCUGAGCCAUAAAGAGCGGACUGCGACUGAACCACGUAGCAGAGAUCUCCAUCCUGUUAUAGUCGAUAGCAUAAUGGAAGUGGGAGACACCAUUAGAACCUUUCGUCUGGCGAUUGAGGAUAGGCAGAAUGGCAUAAAUUUCUUGCCAGGCCAGUGGCUUGAUGUCCAUGUACCAGGUAUAGAGAAAGCUGGUGGCUUCACCAUCACAUCCUCCCCUCGCGACGCUGUGGCGGCCACAACCCGCUCUUCUAGCCCAUUCCUUGAGCUCGCUGUACAGAGGAGUCCCGAUAAUCCACCUGCGGCGUGGCUAUGGCAGCCGACAGAAACUAUACUUGGGAGUCAACUAGCCGUUCGGGUUGGAGGAAGUUUUAUCUGGCCUCCACCCGGUCUAGACUCCGAGAGAAUUAAGCGUGUUGUCUUCAUUGCGGGAGGUGUUGGCAUCAACCCCCUCAUCUCGAUGCUCUCAUAUAUUCGAGAAGAGAAUGUUCCGCUGGAUCACGUUCGACUCUUAUAUUCUACAAAAUUACCAUCGAAGACCUCGACAAAGUCUGAAGUCCUGUUCCUCCCUCGAAUCCUGGACUUAUUUUGCACCUCAAAGCCUCCACCACGCCAGAAUCACAGGGAUCGCCUAGAACUAUUCUUCACAGGCACUUUGGACGGCUCGCUAUUAUGUUGUAAUGAAGAUGUGCUCUUCCAGUCUUUUGUGCUACCGGGCUUUGAAUCUGAGGGGAACUUACCAGUCGUAGCUUGGGGCGGCCGAAUUAAUGAGCAUGCCUUGUCCAGUGCCGUUGGCAAUGAGAAAGAACGAGGUUCUGCGGUCUUCUACGUAUGCGGACCACCUGACAUGACGGACAGUAUCGUCCAAUAUCUCAAGGACCGAGAAAAUGUGGCACCUGAAAGUGUUCUGUGUGAGAAGUGGUGGUAA